AUGUCGACUGACGAUCUGACUGGCCUUGUCCUUGGCCUUAAGCUGGAAACGGAGUUCGCUGAGGAUGGGUCGACCGUCCAUACAGUACCACAAGGAGAGACUUCCGAGUCCUUGACAGAGCGCUGGGUUCCUGAUGAGUCCCCGCUAUUUGGCCAGAAGGGCGGCUCAAGCAAUGUGCGGCUUGAGCGAUGCGACAAGAACGGAGGCCAAAAAAGGGUCGUAAAGGAGAUUGGAAAAUUCUUUGAUGGCCAAGUUCGCAUUGACUAUGCACAGGAACUUGAGUCUCUUAGACUUGUCUCUAGCUCAAAGGCUUCAGACCUUUUCGUGGAAGUCUUCGGGUGGUUCGAAAAUCAAGAAUCUAUCUUUAUCUCCAUGGAAUAUCUUGAACUUGGCGACCUCAGUCGUUACUUGUCGGCUCCUUUUCCAGUCGAUCAAACACAUCAGAUCAUCUCGCAACUACUGCAGGCUCUUGAAUUCCUACACAGCCAUAUGCUUACUCACCAAGACCUGUCUCCAUCAAACAUUUUGAUAGCGGCACAACACCCAGAAUGGAUUGUGAAAAUCGCGGGGUUUGGAACUGGGAAAUACCGUAACUGGGACUACGACACAGUAGUUACUCUUCCCAUGAAAACGGUAGAAUAUGUGUCCCCCGAGAAGCUUGGAAUUAGACCACUCGACUCUGAAUUGGCAUCUUCGGUUGACAUGUGGUCACUUGGAGUAUUAAUGUUCAAACUACUAACAAACGACACCCCAUUCAGGAGUGUGUAUCAUUUGAUUGAGUAUGAUUCUGGAAUUAUCCCUCUGCCAGGAACGGAAAGGCUUCGAAAAUUUGCACCCCAGUCAUUCCAGAAUAUUAUUGAGGAGUUACUCACUGUUGACCCGCAAAGCCGACCUUCUGCACGGUCUUGCAAUAAACGUGAUUGGGGUUACAUUGCGGAUGAAAACUUAGUGGAAGGCUCCAUAGGACGUCUCGAGAAGACGCAAUCAUCCGUGGAAACAUCUUCUACAUCCAUACAUUCAGGACAUACCACUACAAGUUCGGAUGUAGACUUUCGUCGGGCAGGAACCAGGAGAAGUUUAUAUUACAACACAGACCUUGCACAAGCUGAGAAGGAAGUUGGCGAGCCAGAUGUUUCUAGCCACUUUCAACAGCCUGAGAAAGAAGUUGUCAGCGAAGCAUUGGCUUCUAAUAUUCUGACCACAGAAAAAGAAGUUUUACAUCAAACCUUGCCAACUAAGAUUGCUGUUCCACAAGUUGCUUUUCCAGAAAAAGAAGUCAUCCAAAUUGCCCCCUCUGUUAAUCGGGGUGCAGUUGCAACCUGGCCGGUCCAGAAGCAAUCAGAGAUCUCAAGAUCUAAUAGCUUUGGGAAGAAUAAGCCUAAUAAGCUCCAAAAGCUUCAAGAAACCCUUUUCCGCGCCAAAUCAAAAGAUGCAUCUCGCCCAAGGCUGGAAUUACUCAAAUGCCAACAAGACAUGUCGAAGUUGGCAGCAAAAGACCCUUCUAAAGCAGCAGACCGAGGGCUCAAGUACAUCCGCAGCAAUUUCAAAACCUCGUUUCCACUUUUUCAAAAGUGUGAUGAAUGCAUUCGCUGUUACUUCCAAUACAAUGGAUUCUCUCUUACAGCAAGAACACGAGGACCGUUCUGCCAGAUCCACAGAAGGCAAUCUGGCAUCAUGCCGUUCUCGCCUCUCCAUUUCUUCGCCAUGGCUCGGCAGGACGUCGGUACAGCGACAGCACGAUAUAGGAGUUGUGUCGAAGAAAUUCAGUGUCUAAUUGAGCUGGCGAAAACGGAUACAGGCUACUUGAAUUAUCCGCUUCAAUUUUCUGUGACGAACUCGGAUGGCUUGAUGGAAAUGACACCGCUUUGGCUGGCAGCCUUGGACAAAAACCAAGAAGUCGUCGAUUUCAUGCUAUCAUUGGAGGCCAUUAGUAUAGGCGAGGGAGUAAAGUCUCUCUGCCUUUUGUCUAAGAUGGGUAUACCACCUAGUCACCAUGACUCCAUCCUGCAGGUUCUCAAUAGGCUACCUGAAGACAGUGUUCGCCGCACUCUCAGAGAGUAUCUCUCUUCUAAUGGUGCUUAUCCAAACAUGCCUUGGGUUUUCGCAAGCACACAUCUUUUGGAUCAAGUACUUGUCAAAUCCGGGGAGGGCAGUGCAAGUGACAGUGUUCCUCUACAAACUCGAGAGAUGCUUCUUCCCGUCUACCUUCCUCUCGUUCACGCCCUUGCCAUUUUCCCGAUAGCAACCUCCAAAAGCCAGUUCCCAUAUGCCUCUCGGCUUGAGCUGUUCAAGAUUCUGCUGAAGCAUGGUGCUGACACCUCACGAGUCCACGACGAACGAGGGUCGGUCACCCGGGCAUACUCUCAAAGGCUUUCUCGCGGCAUGGAUUUACUCACCGGCCAGUUGCCACCUCCGAGAACAGUCGACAUCAUUUGCGAUGAAGUUUCCGGCCUAGUACAAAUCAUCCAUAUGAUUCGGAAACAGCGACCGGAGGAGAGAAUUGACGGCUUGACUCGGCUUAGGACUAGCUUUAGGGAGCUUAACGCCAGCAUUUCCGAUGAAACUGAAAAGGUCAAGGCUAGGCAUAAAUCAUAUGCUAGUCGUGGCACUAUGAAAAUACUCAGUGAAGGUGGCCGUGUUCCUGAGCUCGAGACGUUGGAUCAUGACCAUAAACAAACCAUGUUCAAUAUCUGUACCGCGGCGGAGCAGUGUCAGCUGCUUCUCAAGGAGAUUGGUGUUUCUAUGGAUGAGGAGAUAAUAGGCGGCCACACAAGAUAUGAGCCACAUCGAUAUUUCGAGGGAACCGAAAUUCAGGUUCACGAAUUUCUCGGCGAACUAGAGGAUGGCAGCUAA